UGGUGCGACAAAAAGCGGAAGUGCCACACACCUUGUGUUAUAGCCAAGUAUUAUGAAUGAACGUCUGAAAUUAAUUUUAUCUUCGUAACAAGUUAUCAUCUCGCAUCGUCGAUACGGUGUGGACGAGGGGCUCUGCGUGAAAACAAUCAAGAUGUCUGCGAGCGCUGUCUACGUCUUGGAUUUAAAAGGAAAGGUACUGGUGUGCCGGAACUACCGCGGUGAUGUUGACAUGUCUGAGAUCGAGCACUUCAUGAGCCUGCUGAUGGACAAGGAGGAGGAGGGGACACUGUCUCCCAUCCUGGCCCAUGGCGGCGUGCGUUUCAUGUGGAUUAAACAUAAUAACCUAUACUUGGUGGCAACAUCCAAGAAAAAUGCCAGUGUGUCCUUGGUUUUCUCCUUUUUGUACAAAAUUGUCCAGGUUUUCUCCGAGUAUUUCAAGGAACUGGAGGAAGAGAGUAUCCGGGAUAAUUUUGUAAUCAUAUAUGAGCUGAUGGAUGAGUUGAUGGACUUUGGCUAUCCGCAGACCACAGACAGCAAGAUUCUACAAGAGUAUAUAACUCAGGAGGGGCACAAGCUGGACACAGGGGCCCCCCGCCCACCCGCCACGGUCACUAACGCAGUCUCCUGGCGCUCAGAGGGUAUCAAAUACAGGAAAAACGAAGUUUUCCUGGACGUCAUCGAAUCUGUUAACCUCCUGGUCAGUGCCAAUGGCAACGUCCUGCGUAGCGAAAUCGUCGGCUCCAUUAAGAUGCGUGUAUUCCUGUCUGGCAUGCCCGAGUUGCGCCUGGGCCUCAACGACAAGGUUCUGUUUGAAAAUACUGGACGUGGCAAGAGUAAGUCUGUGGAGCUAGAGGACGUCAAGUUUCAUCAGUGCGUUCGCCUGUCUCGCUUCGAGAACGACCGCACCAUCUCCUUCAUUCCCCCUGAUGGCGAGUUUGAGCUCAUGUCCUACCGCCUCAACACUCACGUGAAGCCUUUGAUCUGGAUUGAAUCCGUCAUUGAGAAGCACUCCCACAGUCGCAUCGAGUACAUGAUUAAGGCCAAAAGCCAAUUUAAACGGCGCUCCACCGCAAACAAUGUGGAGAUCCACAUUCCUGUGCCAACAGACGCUGACUCUCCCAAAUUCAAGACCACGGUUGGCAGCGUCAAGUGGGUUCCAGAAAACAGCGAGAUCGUCUGGUCCAUCAAGUCCUUUCCCGGUGGCAAGGAGUAUCUGAUGCGAGCCCACUUUGGCCUUCCGAGUGUGGAAGCAGAAGAUAAGGAGGGGAAGCCCCCGAUCAGCGUCAAGUUCGAGAUCCCCUACUUCACCACUUCAGGCAUCCAGGUGCGUUAUCUGAAGAUCAUUGAGAAGAGCGGCUAUCAGGCUCUGCCCUGGGUGCGCUACAUCACCCAAAAUGGAGAUUACCAGCUCCGCACCCAGUAAGGCAACGCCUCAGCAGGGGCGGGAGGAAGCCGGACGGCGGCGAUGGGGGUCAUGGGAUGGCUAAUGAGCCGUCGGUGGCAGGUGUCAGUCAAGAGACUGCAGAGGACUGACUUGUUUUUGAUCAUUUUCCAUGCAAUGCAAAUAUUAGACAGGGAGUUUGUACGUCGGAGGAAAGCGAUCAUGUUUUCCGAUGCUCGGCCGACUAAAGCAGGAGUCAUGUUUACACGCAGUGUCAUCAGUAGGUCACAAAAGUCACACACGUCUUUGUCGAUUAUUUUUUUCCAUGUAUAUAUUUGCGACAUAUCAACGAGGUCAGUGUUUUAGUUACAAGUGAACCAAUCAGUAUGUCUCGUUGUGUUACAGUGCCAUCAGCUUUUGCCCUUUUUGUCAAAUUUCAAACCACAUGAAAGAAAUCAAAGUGUUCAAAUUGUGGUUGCAUGCUGAUUUCUUAUCUAUAAACCCUUUCAUUAUGUGACCACAUCCUGUAAAAUCAUUAAAUGUAUAUUUAGAGAAAACACA